AUGUUGACAAUGAACCGAAUGACAACACGCCGAAAGCAGGAGUGUUUGAUCCGGGAAGCGGAAUUGGAGUUGAAUAAUAUGAACUGUGAUCUUGUUAAUGAUACGGUGAUAGAAUUAGCUGUCAAUAUUAGAGGAACUCUAUCAGUGAUCUCGGAUAAAUUCACGAAUGAUGCCAUUAUUGACAUAAUUCCGAAUGUUGUUGGAAUUCUAAAUAAAUUGGACACCACAAUCUCCUACAAUAAUGAACUGCUGAAUGAACGCACUGACCUUCUGAAUAAUAAUACUGAACUGACUAAGCAAGUAGAGUACGAGAAAAAUAAGCGUAAAGAAAACUUUGAGGACUCCUUAUUCAAUGAGGAAAAGGCUGAGGAGGAAAUACUGUUAUUGGAAGCGCAAAAAAAACUGGAGGCAUCUAACACCCAUUUAAACGAGGAAUUGAAUAAUAAGAAUGAAAUAAUAAAAAUUAUUGAAGCCGAUAAUAAUAGAUUAUUUUUUAACAGAGACACUAUUUUGGACAAAGUAACUUCUAGGAGCAAUGAUGAAUUUAUUACGCCAAGAAAUACUGCUAAAGCUAGAACCGAUUUUACUGAGACUGGAGCUAUAACGGUAAAUAACAGAUUUGAACUUCUCUCUGAAAACGCUAAAUCUGCGAGUAAUAAUAGGCCUACCACUUCUCAUAAACUACUGGUCAAGGCUCAAGUUCACAGACCUAUAGUGUUGCCCAAGACGUCUCAUGUUAAAAACACCAUUACUGAAACAACCCAUACUGGGAAAAAAAGGAGAAUGACAAUUCUAUCGGAUAGCCAAGGUCUGUAUGACAGCUUUGAAACCUUCGUUUAUACUAAACCUGGCGCUGAAUUAAAACAUAUUAUUCAAGAUGGCAUGGAUUUUGUUAAGGAUUUCACCAAAGAUGAUGUUAUUGUUAUAUUGGCUGGCACAAACGACUUCCAUGUAGACGAACCUCAUCAGUUAACUGUAUUCCAAGGAAUAAACGCUCUUCUAAAACUACGGUUGAGAUCUAAAAUCGUUGUAUGCAGCGAACCGUACAGAUAUGACAACCUCAGCCUAAAUGAAAACAUACUCUUCUCCAACUCCUAUCUAUCGAGAGUAGUGAGUGAAUAUGAGGGCGGUCUGCGGCUUUCUUUUUUGGACGUCAAUGACUUCCUCCAGCGAUCCCACUUCACAAGGCACGGUCUGCAUCUCAAUCGUCGCGGAAAGCUGAUACUAGCCAGGAACUUUGAAGUGUUUGCCAAGCAGAAUGCUGCGAGAAUUAGUGCGGGUGACCUUGAUCUAUUCACUAUCUGGGUUCCUAUCCUAUCACACCCAAUCAAGAGGAAAUGGAAAACUGUGAAAAUGUGCAUGAUUCCAUGUCAUCUGAAAAGGACAAUAGACUAUCUCGGACUUUACCCCUUAGUAAUAGUUUGAUUGAAUUACCAAGAUCUUCAUCUUUGGUAAAUUUGAAAAUUAACAAUUCAAGUUUUUUAUAGAUAAACAGCCAGACAAAGCAUUUAUAUCGAAUAGUGGGACCCCAAAUUAUGAACAGGCGUUAAGCAUUUAUCAUCACAAUAUACGUGGUGCAAGGAAUAAGAU